AAUUUUUACAAGCUCACGUUUCUACUACUACUACUACCAGUUCUCUCUAGCAAGUGGUCCAUACCACCUUACAAAAAUUGUCCGGCCAAAAUGGUCACCGUCGAGGACAUCCGGAGGGCACAACGAGCUGAAGGACCUGCCACGGUUAUGGCGAUUGGAACGGCAACCCCACCGAACUGCGUUGAUCAGAGCACGUACCCGGAUUAUUACUUUCGGAUCACAAACAGCGAGCAUAAGGCCGAGUUGAAGGAAAAGUUCAAGCGCAUGUGUGACAAAUCUAUGAUUAAGAAGCGUUACAUGUACUUGACUGAGGAAAUUUUGAAGGAAAAUCCUCAAGUGUGUGAGUACAUGGCACCUUCACUUGAUGCUAGGCAGGACAUGGUUGUGGUUGAAGUACCAAAGCUAGGAAAAGAGGCUGCAACAAAGGCAAUCAAAGAAUGGGGUCAACCAAAGUCCAAAAUUACCCACUUGGUCUUUUGCACCACCAGUGGUGUUGACAUGCCCGGGGCCGACUACCAGCUCACCAAGCUACUCGGUCUUCGCCCAUCAGUCAAGAGGCUCAUGAUGUACCAACAAGGUUGCUUUGCCGGUGGUACAGUACUUCGCCUAGCCAAGGACUUGGCCGAGAACAACAAAGGAGCCCGGGUUUUAGUCGUGUGCUCUGAGAUAACUGCGGUCACAUUCCGUGGGCCUAGUGAUACCCAUCUCGACAGCCUUGUGGGUCAAGCCCUAUUUGGCGAUGGCGCGGCUGCUAUUAUAGUUGGGUCAGACCCAAUUCUAGAGGUUGAGAAACCGUUGUUCGAGUUGGUCUCAGCGGCCCAAACCAUUCUCCCCGAUAGUGACGGUGCCAUUGACGGACACCUCCGUGAAGUGGGCCUUACAUUUCACCUCCUCAAGGAUGUUCCUGGGCUCAUCUCCAAGAACAUUGAAAAGAGUUUGGCGGAAGCAUUCCAACCCUUGGGCAUCUCUGAUUGGAACUCUUUGUUUUGGAUUGCACAUCCUGGUGGGCCUGCUAUUUUGGAUCAGGUGGAAUUAAAGUUGGGCCUUAAGGAAGAGAAGCUACGGGCCACGAGGCACGUGCUAAGUGAGUACGGUAAUAUGUCAAGUGCGUGCGUGUUGUUUAUAUUGGAUGAGAUGAGGAAGAAGUCCGCGGCGGAUGGGCUCAAGACCACUGGUGAAGGGCUCGAGUGGGGAGUGCUAUUCGGGUUCGGACCAGGGCUCACUGUUGAGACUGUGGUGCUCCAUAGCUUGUCUACAUAAAAUGGCUGCUAGCCUAUUGAGUAUUGUUUCGGGGUUUUCUUCAAUUUGUGAUUGUGUUAUGGGUUGGCUUUGUUUGGUUCUACUUUAUUUCCUGCAUUUAAAGUAAGAAUGAAAUUUAUGUAAUGAGAUUAUAAUGGAAAAUAACAUGUUCUUUGCAAUAUGUAUGGUAAAAAAUGAGACAAUUAAUCU